AGAACUUGUAGAGAAGCAACAGGCGGAGAGAGGAUGCUGCAGAAAGAAAGAGAAAAACUGGAGCAGCUGAAACAUGAGAUAAACAGAGAAAAAGAGGAUACAGAGACCAAGAGAAAGCUGGUUGAGGUAGAAAUAGAUAAAGAAAAAAUGGAAGAGUUCAAGGACACAAGAAAGAACAAGGAAGAACUGCAAUUGGACACUGAGGAACUCUUGAGAAACAAGAGUGAUCUCAACCAAGAUAUAGAAAACCUGAGGCAAACCAUGGAAGAAAUGAAAACACUUCAUGACAAGAAAAGGGCUGAACUGGAAGGAAUUAUUUCUGAAGUAAAGAAGAAAGACCAGAUGCUGGAGAAGCAGAAACAUGAGUUGGAGGAGAAGGGCUGGAUUAUUAAAGAAAUAGAGAAAAAGAAACACACACUUGAACAGAUCAAUAUGGAAAUCCUGAGGAAGAGAGAAGAUAUAGAAAAAGAAAUGGAAAAUUUAAGGCACGAGAAGCAAGAGCUGGAGUUCUUUAGAGGUGAACUCCAGAGACAGAGAGUUGAUGUUGAAUCUUCCAAAACAAGCUUUGAUCAUGGAGAAAGAUCGGUUAGAAUUGAUCAAGCGGAAAUCAAUCAACAAAGACAUGAAGUGCGUGCUGCCAUGAAAGCAUAUGAUGUGGAUCUGGAAAAUCUAGAAAAGAUGAGGAAUGAACUAGAAAAUGAGAGGGCUAAACUUGACGAAAAGUUCCAUGAUGCCACAAAAGGAGAGAAGAAACUACAGGAGAUGAAGAGUGUACUAAACGAAGAAAAAGAGCAAGUGGAAGUUAUUAAGCAGAUGGUUAUCACAGAGAGACAUUUGAUUGAACAGGAGAAUGCCGAGCUUCAGAAGAAGUCAGAGAUCACUGAAAGACUCAUUCAGGAAGCAAACAAUGAGAGAGAGAGAUUAACCGACCUCAGUAUAAAACUUCAAAUGCAAAGAGAAGAUAUAGAGACUAUCAACACAGAAAUAGAGACCAGGAAGAAAGAUCUCAAUAUAAUGAGUGCAGAACUUCAAGAUGAUAAGAUUCAACUGAAAAAUGACAGGGAUGUUUAUGAAAGGGAAAUGACACAUCUGCAGUUUAAGAGGAAAGAGUUAGUGAUGGAAACAGAGGACCUGGAAAGAAAAACCUUACAGCAGAAAGAACAAGAUGAGAUGGCGAAACGAGAGAUUCAAAAUCAGAAAGAUGCUCUAGAGCAAAUGAAGAUGGACAUUCUGAAGGAAAGGGAUGAUUUUGACAAAGAGAAGAAAAAAUUACAUUCAGAGCAACAGAAACUGGAUACACGUCAAAGAGAACUGCAAAGAAAGGAAAGUGAGCUUGAAAAUAGAGUAAAAACUUUUAUGGAAGAGCAGCAGCAGCUGACUCAAGAUGAAAUGUAUAAAAUCAAGAAGGAGAUUGAAAGGAAUCUGGAAAGAAAGGAGGCUGAAAUUCAAGAGGAGAGACAGAGAUUAAUGGAAAUGGGUGAAACAAUUACAAGAGAACGCAAUGAAUACAGAAAGCUGAUUGAAGAAGUGAAGAAAGAAAAAGAGCAGAUUGAAAUCAGCAAAAAGUUGAUGGAUCAAGAGAUGGACGAUCUUGAAAAUAUGAAAAAUGGUCUGGAGAUGCAAUUACAAAAUCUAAGACAUGACAAACUGUAUGUACAAGAAGAGAUGAAAGCACUAGAAGAGAUAAGAGCAGAAUCUAAAGAGAUUCAAAACGUUAUCAAGAAGGAAAGACAGGAUCAUGAGAAAUGCUGGGAGGAGAUUGAGGGUGAAAAGCAAAGGGUGGAAGUUGAAAUCAGACAAUUAGAGAGACAGAGGGAAGAAACGUAUAAACUCCACAGCGAGUUGCAAAUAAUAAGAGAUGACAUUGAAAGCAGGAAAGAAAAGAUUGAUAAAGAAAUGGAAGAAUUGUUGCAAAUGAGGGUUGAACUGGAGAGAACAAAAGUGGAAAUCAAAAAGGAUAAUCAACAACUACAAGAUGAUAAAUUUGACCUUGAAAAGACAAAAGCUGAGAUAAAGAUACAGACAGAUAAAUUGAUACUAAUAGACACUAAUUUAAAGGAGAGAGAAAGAGAAAUGAAAAUCCAACUAGAUAAAGACAGAGAAGAAAUUAAAUGUUUGUCCAAAGGGACUGAAAUGAAAAUGAUAGACCUUGAUUUGACAAUGAAGGAGAUGGAGAGACAAAAGCAAGAAACUGAGAAAACAAAAGUGAUGCUUGAAAAGGAAAAGACAGAAAUUGAUCAAGAAAAGAAAGAAUUGGAAAACCAAAUGAUAGGCCAGACUGAGCAGAUAGAAAAGGAAAGACUGGCCCUUGAGGAGAUGAAGGAAGAACUUCUUCGUGAAAAACAAGAAAUGGAGGAAGAGAGGAGUAACUUGGUGACUUUAAGCAACAACCUAGAAGUUUCAAGAGCAGAGUUGAGGAACAAGCAAAAGGAAAUUGAGAUUUUGAAGAAGAAACUUAUUUUGGAAAAAUCUAACAUUGAGGAAUUGCAGAUUGACAUACUUAACCAGCAGCGUCAGAAUGAUCAAACCAGUGAGGAAAACAAGAAAGAGAGAGAAGAUCUGGAAAAACAGAGGUUUGAAUCUGAACAGCAGAAACAGAUGUUGGAGCUUAGCAUCAUUAAAAUGAACGAGGAGAAGCAAAAACUUCAGAAAGCCAAAGAAGAAAUGGAAAACAUGACCAACAAAGAAAAAGACAAGGUUGAACAAAUGCAAGCUGAGAUACACAGCCACAUUCAGUCGACUGAACUACAAAUGCAACUCAUGCAAGACAAGCAGAAUGCUCUUGAGGAAAAAGAGCUAAACAUACUGAGGAGGGAAAAGGAAGUAGAGAGGAGAAACACUGAAUUAGAUGGAAUCGCUGCUCAGCUUCACAUUGAAAAGGAACAUUUAGAUAAUGUUCUUGAGGAAACCAAUAAGAGACAGCAUGCACUUGAAGUGAUAAAAUUACAAAAUAAUAAGGAAUUUGAGUUGCUUGAGGAGAUACGGCAUGAAAUAGACAACGAAAAGAUAGAAAUGAAGCAGAAACAAGAUGAUCUGCAGAUCUGGACUAAACGACAGAAAGAUAAGGUUCAAGUCCAGUUAGAGGAGCUAGAGAAUGAAAGAGAAAAACUUGAAAAAAAUGAAGAUUCUUUGAUAAUUCAGAAGACUGAGCUGCAGCAGAGAGAGAAAUAUAUUACUGAGCAGCAGCAAAGACUGGAUCAAAGUGUAAAAGAGAUAACGGAAGAAAGAAGUGAAAUGGAUAAGAUGAGGCUUGGACUAGAAGCUAAGAGACAACAAAUUGAAGAUGACAUGAAAACUAUUGCAAAGCAGGAACAAGAACUUGCAGAACUGAGAGAUGAAAUGCAAAGAGAAAAACAAGAAAUUGGUGAGAACAGGAACAUUAAUAACGAGUUAAUGAAAGAUCUGGAAAUCAUAAAAGCCAAGCUGGUGGAACGACAAGAAGUGAUCCAAACUGAAGCAGAAAAACUCCAAAAGGAAAGGGAACUAGUCGACCAGACAAAAUCUGAGGUUCAGAAUGAUGCUGAAAAUCUGAAAAACAUCUCUGAAGAGAUCAAAAGGAAGCAAGAACAAAUUGAGAUUAGGGAGGCUCACCUUAAACAAAUGACGGAGCAAUGUGUCAAUACCAUGGAAGAAACUAAGAGGAAGAAAAGUGAACUAGAAAAAAAUCUUGAUGACAUAGAAGAGCAAAAUCAAAUGAUUAAGACAGAGAAAGAACAUCUGGAAAAAGAGAGAAAUAACAUUGAAAAGGAAAAAGAAGAUUUGCAAAGACGAGCUGAAGACCUGGAGAAGCACAUGACAGAACAAAAAGAAAAAGAAGAGAUGAGUAAAAGGAGGUUUAAUGACGAGGAAAAGUUUCUUGAGGAAAAGGCUGGUGAAAUUCUGAGACAAAGAGAUGAAAUGGAACAAAUCAAAUAUGAGUUACAGACUGAAAAGACUAAAAUGAAUCAACAGCAGCAAAGACUGGAGGAGAUUACAAGAGCUGUGAAUGAGGAGAGGAGAGAUCUGGAGAACAUGAGGAAUGAAUGUGAAAAAUACAGACAACAAAUGGAAGAAGAGAUAAGAUUAAAAGCAAAGAUGGAGAGAGAGGAACUUGAUCAAAUGAAGAGUGAUCUGGAAAGACAGAAAACUGAAAUAGAUAAUGAGCAGAAGAAAAUAGAUGAUGACAGAAAGAAGAUGAGCUCUGAAAUAAUGACACAAAGAAAGGAAAUAGAAGAAGAAAGAUCAGAACUUGACAACAAAACAAAAGAGAAUGAACUAGAAAAAUGUGAAAUUGAAAGGAGCAGAGAAAUUGUUCAGAAAUUAUUGGAUGAAACUGAACUGCAAAAAGAAAGAGAACAUAUCAGAUACAUGGAAGACGAAAUAAAGAAGGAGAAAGAAACAUUGAAGGACAUGGAAGCUCAUCUACAAAAGGAAAAAGAAGAAAUUGAGAGUGUUACUGAAGAAACAAACAGACGAAAAGAAGAUCUUGAAAGAAUGUUCACAGACAUAAAUGAACAAAAACAAGAGUUGAGAAAACACAGAGAGAUUCUAGAGCAGGAGAGAGAAGAAAUGAAUAAUAAAUGGACAGAGUUACAGCAGAGAAUUGAUGAAUUUGAUACUCAAGUCAAAAAACAGGAGGAAAAGCAUUUAAUGAGACAGGAGAAGAUGGAAGAAGAAAGAAAAGGUAUAGAAGAGACCAGAGUCAAAAUUCUGGAGCUGGAAACUAAAGCUAAGCAGGAACGUCAAGACAUAAACCAAAAAACACAAGAGUUGAAUGCACUGCAAAAACAUAUUAUAAAAGAAAAGGAGAAAUAUGAAGACAUGAGAAAAGCACAGAUAGACAGAAAAGAACUUGAGCAAAUUAAGAGGGAACUUGAACAAGAGAAAACUGAAAUAGAUGAUGACAGAAAGAUGACUGAACAGGAAAGAAAAGAGCUGCAUAAGAUGAGGUCAGACAUAAUGACAGAAAGAGAGCAAAUGGAAGAAAUGAGAGAAGCAAUCAAACUAGAGAGGGCCACACUUGACCAGAAAAUACAAGAGACUGAUCUAGAAAAGGAUGAAAUUGAAAAGAACAAAGAAAUAGUUCAGAAAUCAAUGGAUAAAGUAGACGAGCAGAGAAAUCAUAUUAAACUCCAGAAAGAAGAACUUGACCUUGAAAAACAAAAGAUCACUGAUGAAAAAUAUCUUAUAGAUCAACAUAAGAUUGAACUUCAAAAAGAAAGUGAACAGAUAAGAUACAUGGAGGAAGAAAUAAAGAAGGAGAAAGAAACACUGAAGGAAAUGCAAACUCAUCCACAAAAGGAAAAGGAAGAAAUUGAGAGUGUCGCUGAAGAAACAAACAGACGAAAAGAUGAACUGGAAAGAAUGAACACCAACAUAAAUGAACAAAAACAAGAGUUGAAGAACUGCAGAGCCCUUCUAGAACAAGAAAGGGAAGAAAUAAACCAAAAAUGGACAGAUUUACAACAGAGAAUUGAUGAAUUUGAUGCUGAAGUCAACAAACACAUGGAAGAACGGCUAAUAGAACAAAAGGAAAAAGAUGAAGAAAGAAAAAGUCUAGAACAGACCAAAGUCAAGAUCCUGGAUCUGAAGAAUAAAGCUGACCAGGAACAUCAUGAUGUACACCUAAAAAUACAAGAGUUAAACACACUGCAAGUACAGAUUAUUAACGAAAAAGAGCAACUUCAAGAAAUCAGAAGCAAAAUUUUGGAUGAAACAGCCAUACUUGAGAUGAGAGCUGCUGAGAUAAUACAACAACAACAAACACUGGAUGAGAAUCUGAAAAGGAUGAGAUAUGAGAAGAAUGAACUUCAUAUGAUGCAAAAGGAACUUCAGGCUGAAAGACAACAAAUGGAAGAGGAAAUAAAUACAAAAACUAGUGAACUAAUCAGAGAACAACAAGAAAAUGAAAUAUACAAGAACAUGACAAACAAAUUAACAGAAGAGAUGAACUUCAUGAAAGCUAAACUAGCUGCACAACAAGAAGAAAUGCGCGUUGAAAAAGAAAAAUUUAAUGAAGAGAGAAAAGAAUUUGAGCAAUUAAAGAUUGAUAUAGAAAGAGAGAAUCAAGAACUCUGUAAUAAUAAAGACAUCAUAAAUAAACUAAAAGAAGAACUUCAUCUGGCAAAGGAGAGGAUGGAUAUGAACAGUAAGCAGUUUCAAUUACAGAUACAUACAGAAAAAGAGAUGAUUUCUAAAAUGAAGGCCCAGCUUCAAAGUGGGAAAGAUGAAUUUGACCAUAGCCGAGAAAAAAUGAGAAGGAAGACAGAAGAAAUGGAAAAAGAAUGGGCAGCAAUAGAAGCAGAAAAACAAACUCUACAACAAAACAGCAAUGAAAUCUUGAGAGAAAGGGAAGACAUGAAUAAGGAAAAAGAGUGCAUUUUGAAAAAGAAAGAUGAACUGGAACAGCUUCAGGCAGAAAUCCUGAAACAAAGAAAUGAAUGUGAAAACAUUACAACAGAUACAUAUAUGCUUGAAAUGUUAAGAACUGAGUUAGAUCAUAAGCAGCAGAAGAUGGAAGACGACAGGAAGGUGAUGGAACAGGAAAGAAAAGACUUGGAGAGGAUGAAGUUUGAAAUAAUGACGCAAAAAAUGCAAAUGGAGAAAGAACUGCAAAAGGAAAUCAAAUCAGAGAGAGCGGAAAAGGUCCAGAAAACACAAGAGACUGAUUUAGAAAAAGAUGAGAUUGAAAAGAAGAAAGAAAUAGUUCAGAAACUAAGUGAUGAGGUGGAGGAAGAGAGAGAUUAUCUAAAACGUCAAAAAGAAGAAACCAAAUUUGAAAGUCAAAAGAUGACAACUGAAAAAGAUACUCUCACUCAAAUUAAGACUGAACUGCAAAGAAAAAGUGAGCAAAUUAGGUACAAAGAAGAGGAAAUAAAGAAGGAGAGAGAAACACUGAAGGAAAUGGAAGCUCAUCUACAAAAGGACCAAGAAGAAAUUAAGGGUGUCAUUGAGGAAACAAACAGACAAAAAGAAGAUCUGGAAAGGAUGAGCACAAACAUAAAUGAACAAAAGCAAGAGCUGAGGAAACGCAGACACCUUAUGGAACAAGAAAGAGAAGAAUUAAAUCAUGAAUGGACAGAGUUACAACAGAGAAUUCAUGAAUUUGAUGCUCAAGUAAGUAAACAGAAGGAAGAUUAUAUGGAAGAACAGAAAAAGAUUGAAGAAGACAGAAAAAGCCUAGAAGAAAACAAAGCUAAGAUCUUGGAGUUGAAGAUUAAAGCUGACCAGGAACAGAUUAUGAAAGGAAAGGAGUUGGAAGAAGGAGAAAUGAGACUUGAUCAGAUAAAGAGUGAACUGGAAAGAGAGAAAACUAAAAUUGAUCAUGAGCAGAAGAAAAUGGAUAACGACAGAAAAACGAUUGAAUGGGAAAGAAAAGAGCUGCAUAAGAUGAGGUCAGACAUAAUGACAGAAAGAGAGCAAAUGGAAGACAUGAGAGAAGCAAUCAAACUAGAGAGGGCCACACUUGACCAGAAAAUACAAGAGACUGAUCUAGAAAAGGAUGAAAUUGAAAAGAACAAAGAAAUAGUUCAGAAAUUAAUGGAUAAAGUAGAAGAGCAGCGAAAUUAUAUUAAACUCCAGAAAGAAGAACUUAACCUUGAAAAACAAAAGAUCACUGAUGAAAAAUAUCUUAUAGAUCAACAUAAGAUUGAACUUCAAAAAGAAAGUGAACAGAUCAGAUACAUGGAGGAAGAAAUAAAGAAGGAGAAAGAAACACUGAAGGAAAUGCAAACUCAUCUACAAAAGGAGAAGGAGGAAAUUAAGAGUGUCGCUGAAGAAACAAACAGACGAAAAGAUGAUCUGGAAAGAAUGAACACAGACAUAAAUGAACAAAAGCAAGAGUUGAAGAACUGCAGAGCCCUUCUAGAACAAGAAAGAGAAGAAAUAAAUCAGAAAUGGACAGAUUUACAAGAGAGAAUUGAUGAAACUGAGCAGACAAAGACUGUUUCUAUGAGGGAUGCCCUGGAGGAGACCAGAAAGAAAGAAGAAAAAACAGAAAUGGAAGAAAAACUUAAACAGGCUAACAAGGAAUAUGAAAGUGCCAUAGAAGAAAUAAACAGGAGAAAGAAUGAACUACAGAAUUCUGUGUUUGAUAUAUCACAACAAAAUCAAAAGAUAGAGACAGAGAAAGAUCUCCUGAAGAAGGAGAGAAAUAACAUUGAAAAGGAAAAAGAAGAUUUGCAAAGACGAGCUGAAGACCUGGAGAAGCACAUGACAGAACAAAAAGAAAAAGAAGAGCUGAGUAAAAGAUCAAUGGAUGAUGAGAAGAAGCUUCUUGAGCAGAAGGCUGGCGAGAUCCUGAGACAGAAAAAUCAAUUAGACAAAGAAAAAGAGGACAUGAUGAAGAAAUGGAAUGAGUUGAAUGUUCUUCAAUGGAAAAUACAAAAACAAAGAGACGAAAUUGAAGAAAUCAAAUAUGAGUUACAGAGUGAAAAGACUAAAAUGAAUCAACAGCAGCAAAGACUGGAGGAGAUUACAGGAGCUGUGAAUGAGGAGAGGAGAGAUCUGGAGAACAUGAGGAAUGAAUGUGAAAAAUACAGACAACAAAUGGAAGAAGAGAUAAGAUUAAAAGCAAAGAUGGAGAGAGAGGAACUUGAUCAAAUGAAGAGUGAUCUGGAAAGACAGAAAACUGAAAUAGAUAAUGAGCAGAAGAAAAUAGAUGAUGACAGAAAGAAGAUGAGCUCUGAAAUAAUGACACAAAGAAAGGAAAUAGAAGAAGAAAGAUCAGAACUUGACAACAAAACAAAAGAGAAUGAACUAGAAAAAUGUGAAAUUGAAAGGAGCAGAGAAAUUGUUCAGAAAUUAUUGGAUGAAGUGAAAGAACAGAGAAAUUAUAUUAAACAUCAUCAAGAAGAACUUGAACUUGAGAGACAAAAUAUCACUGAUGAAAAAGUUUUUCUGGCUCAACUAAAGACUGAACUUCAAGAAGAAAGUGAACAUAUCAGAUACAUGGAAGACGAAAUAAAGAAGGAGAAAGAAAGACUGAAGGACAUGGAAGCUCAUCUACAAAAGGAAAAAGAAGAAAUUGAAAGUGUUACUGAAGAAACAAACAGACGAAAAGAAGAUCUGAAAAGAAUGAACACAGACAUAAAUGAACAAAAACAAGAGUUGAGAAAACACAGAGAUAUUCUAGAGCUGGAGAGAGAAGAAAUGAAUAAUAAAUGGAUACAGUUACAGAAGAGUAUUGAUGAAUUUGAUACUCAAGUCAAAAAACAAGAGAAAAAGCAUUUAAUGAAACAGGAGAAGAUGGAAGAAGAAAGAAAAGGUCUAGAAGAGACCAGAGUCAAAAUUCUGGAGCUGGAAACUAAAGCUGAGCAGGAACGUCAAGACAUAAACCAAAAAACACAAGAGUUGAAUGCACUGCAAAAACAUAUUAUAAAAGAAAAGGAGAAAUAUGAAGACAUGAGAGUAAAAGCACAGAUAGACAGAAAAGAACUUGAUCAAGUUAAGAGGGAACUUGAACAAGAGAAAACUGAAAUAGAUGAUGACAGAAAGAUGACGGAACAGGAAAGAAAAGAGCUGCAUAAGAUGAGGUCAGACAUAAUGACAGAAAGAGAGCAAAUGGAAGAAAUGAGAGAAGCAAUCAAACUAGAGAGGGCCACACUUGACCAGAAAAUACAAGAGACUGAUCUAGAAAAGGAUGAAAUUGAAAAGAACAAAGAAAUAGUUCAGAAAUUAAUGGAUAAAGUAGAAGAGCAGAGAAAUCAUAUUAAACUCCAGAAAGAAGAACUUAACCUUGAAAGACGGAAGAUCACUGAUGAAAAAUAUCUUAUAGAUCAACAUAAGAUUGAACUUCAAAAAGAAAGUGAACAGAUCAGAUACAUGGAGGAAGAAAUAAAGAAGGAGAAAGAAACACUGAAGGAAAUGCAAACUCAUCUACAAAAGGAGAAGGAGGAAAUUAAGAGUGUCGCUGAAGAAACAAACAGACGAAAAGAUGAUCUGGAAAGAAUGAACACAGACAUAAAUGAACAAAAGCAAGAGUUGAAGAACUGCAGAGCCCUUCUAGAACAAGAAAGAGAAGAAAUAAAUCAGAAAUGGACAGAUUUACAACAGAGAAUUGAUGAAAAUGAGCAAACAAAGACUGUGUCUAUGAGGGAUGCCCUGGAGGAGACCAGAAAGAAAGAAGAAAAAACAGAAAUGGAAGAAAAACUUAAACAGGCUAACAAGGAAUAUGAAAGGGUCAUAGAAGAAAUAAACAGGAGAAAGAAUGAACUACAGAAUUCUGUGUUUGAUAUAUCACAACAAAAUCAAAAGAUUGAGACAGAGAAAGAUCUCCUGAAGAAGGAGAGAUAUAAUAUUGAAAAGGAAAAAGAAGAUUUGCAAAGACGAGCUGAAGACCUGGAGAAGCACAUGACAGAACAGAAAGAAAAAGAAGAGCUGAGUAAAAGAUCAAUGGAUGAUGAGAAGAAGCUUCUUGAGCAGAAGGCUGGCGAGAUCCUGAGACAGAAAAAUCAAUUAGACAAAGAAAAAGAGGACAUGAUGAAGAAAUGGAAUGAGUUGAAUGUUCUUCAAUGGAAAAUACAAAAACAAAGAGAGGAAAUGGAAGAAAUCAAAUAUGAGUUACAGAGUGAAAAGACUAAAAUGAAUCAACAGCAGCAAAGACUGGAGGAGAUUACAGGAGCUGUGAAUGAGGAGAGGAGAGAUCUGGAGAACAUGAGGAAUGAAUGUGAAAAAUACAGACAACAAAUGGAAGAAGAGAUAAGAUUAAAAGCAAAGAUGGAGAGAGAGGAACUUGAUCAACUGAUGGCCAAUAUAUUAAUGAAACAAAGAGAAACUGAAAAGAGUGAGGAUGUGAUAGACCAGCUAAAGAAGGAAAUGGAGCAAACAAAAGCCAGACUCAAGGCUCAAGAGGAGCAAAUCAAACUGGAAUCGCAAAUAGUUCAAGAUGAGAGGAAAGAUCUGGAACAGUCCAAGGCUGAAAUCAAGAGACAGAUUGAUGAAAUAAAGCUCAUGAAAGAGCAGACACACCAGUUAGUAAAAGACAACGAAGUGUUUGAUAAACUAAAAGAAGAACAUCUAUCGGGACAUCAUGUUCAACAGAAGAGAAAAGAAACGGCAUCUCAGGAAAAACAGAUACAGACAGAUGAAGUCAGCAGACUCUUAACUGAGAUUCAAAGGGAAAGGGAUGAACUUGAAAGAAACAAAAUAAUAUUUGAACAUCAGGGAGAGGCACUGGACGAGAUGAAGAGUAAACAACCGAUGCAAAAACUAGAAGUCAUUUUGGUUAGUUCUGCUACACAAACAUCUGAUCUUGACAACAUACCUGUAGCUGAGAUUUCAUCUCCUCAGGAACAGAUUGUUGAGGAACAUAUAGACAUUCCUAAGGAAUAUACAACUUUCAUAUCAAAAGAGAGGGAAGAUGAAGUAGAGAGAAUGGAAGGUCAGGAGGACACAGAGCUCAAAAUGAGAAUAGCAGAAAUGGACCUAGAAAAGACUAGACUUGUUUUACAGAGAGACCCGAAAGAAAUUGAGACAAUGAGGCAACAUACUGACAGAGAGAAGAAUAAUCUGGAGAAACAUAAAGCCGCUCUUCAGAAACAAUAUGAAGAGAUGGAGAUCUGCAGACAGAAUAUGGAAAAUGAAAGAUCUGAAUUAGAAAUGACUCGAGAUAAAAUUAAGAUGGACAUUGAAGAAAUUUUAAUGGAGACCAAGAGCAAACAGGAGAGAAUAGAAAACAUGGAAGUUGAACUUCAAAAAAAGAAGAGAGAAAUGGAAACCAUCUCAGACGAUAUGAAAAAGAGACAAGAAGAGUUGGACUUCAUAAAUACAGAGAUAAAAAUAAAGAGACAACAUAUGGUGGACUCCAAAGAUACUGAGGGACAUGAUUUAACUGACAUACCUGCAGAAAGCGAGGAGUCUAUAAAAAGACACAUGGAAGAAAUAAAGAAUCAAAAGGAGGCAUUACAGAAGGAGAGGAAUGAAACUGAAAAAAUACUCACUGGGCUGCAGAAGGAGCAAAUGGAAAUGGAGAUGCGGCAGGCAAUGUUAGACUCAGAAAGAAAUGAACUGAAUAGAAUGAGAGUUGAUCUGGAGAUGCAAAAAGGGGAGCUUAGGCUUAUGCAACAAAACAUAGAGACUGAAAAAGACAAGCUAAAAUCAAGGUUAAGGAGAGCAGAGCACCUAGAGGUACUUUUGGAGGACGUACUGAAAGAAAAGGACAGGGUAGAAGAAAUGGCAGCCCAACUUUCCAAAGAACAGAAAGAGUUUCAAAUGAUUAUGACUGAGACAAAUAAAUGGAUAAAGGAGAUAAAACAGAUUGAAGAGGAAGUUAAAACAAAGCAAGAAGAAAUGGAGCACAAUGAAGAAGUGAGACAAAAAGAUUUACGUCUGAGUAGAGAAAAACUUGAAAAAAUGAUGACUGAAAUCCACAGUGAAAGAGAAGAAAUUCUGAAAAUGCGAAAGGAGUGUGAGAGAGAAAAACAUGAACUGGACCAAAUGAAAACAGAUUUGCAGAAAGAUGAACCACAGAAAAUGAAUGCAGAAGUGCAAUAUGAUGAAACCCACAAUGUUAUGGACUCAUUGAAAGAAGAGAAAGAAGAAAUAGAAAGGAUGAAAGUCGACCUCCAGAACGAGCAGAGGGAAACUGAAAACAUGAUGGACAUUAUAAAAAGAGAGAAGACUGACCUGGAACAGAAGAAAGCUGAAAUAAAACAAAUGACUGCAGAAAUAAGAACAGACAGUGAUAAGAAAUUACAAGAUGAAAUUAUGAAGACUGAAGCAAUCCUCAACGAAACCAAGAAACAGAAGAAUGACCUGGAACAGAUGAAUGACAAUUUGAUCAGAGAAAAAAAUGAAUUGGAAAGCACUUGUCAGUUUUUAGAAAAAGAAAAGAAAGAAGUGGAAACUAGAUUACAGGAUAUGGUGAAUGAACUGAAUAUUCAGCUUAAGGAGUUCAAAGAACUACAGAAGUCCAAGAUUGAGGAGAGAAUGGCAGAGAAGAUAAAUCUGGAGAAAGUGAAUGAUGAGAUGGCUAAUGAGCGUGAAAAAAUUGAAAAGGAAAAUGAAGAUUUAAGACUGAGAAGAGACGAGCUGCUGCACACAAAAGAAGAAAUUCAAAAGCAGAAAAGAGACCUAGAAGAAAUGAUGAACAAAGUGACAAUGGAGAAGAGUGAGGUAGAACAAGAGAGGUGUGAAAUAUACAAACAAAAACAACAACUGGAAGACAUUAAAGACGCUUCAGAAAGAAAGUGGGAUGAGACUCAGGCGGUCAGUGAAAGGUCCACACAAGAUGAUGAGGACAUACAAAUCUUGAAAACUGAGAGGAAGAGAAUAGCAGAUCUGAAAGAUCAAUUACAGAAAGAAAAAGAGGAUGUUGAAACCAACAAAGAGAAAAUUAACAGAGAGAUGGAACAUAUGGAAAAGUUGCAAAACCAAUUAGAUGACCAAAAAGAAGAGAUCAAGCUUGAAAAACAAAAAAUAGAAGACAUAAGGAUUGAGAUUCAAGACAAGACAAAUGCUCUGGAGAAAAUUAUGCUGGACUUAAAAGAAGAGAGGGAAAAUCUAAAUGCUUUAGUAAUUCAACAACAAAAAGAAAGAGUAGAGAUGGAUUUACUAGAAGAAGAAAACAAAAGAAAAGAGAAGCAUGCCAAAGAUGAGAUACAAAGACAGUUAGAGGACAUCGAAAAUAUCAAGGUCAGGUUGGCAAUAGAGAGAAAUCAAAUUGAUCAGAUGAAUGUAGAAAUAAAGACUAGAAGUGAAGGCCUAGAGAAAAUAAUCAGACAACAGCUAAAUGAGUUUGAAAUCAAAGAGAAUGACAUGCAAAGAGAAAGAAAGGCUUUGGAGAUGAUGAAUGUUGAGCUAGAAAGGAAAGCCACCGAAAUAGAAAAAGAGAGAGAGAAAGUAACUCUCUGGGAAGCAGAUAUACAGGAACAGAAAAACAAAGCAGAAGAGCUAACGAACAUCUUAGAAAGAGAGAAAAGUGAACUUGACAGAGAGAAAGCUGAAGUAAAACGAGAAAAACAAGAGAUGGAAAACAUUCUAAAAACCAUCAAGAGUGAGUUGGAAGACCUAGAGCAACUGAGAAAUAAAAUGGAGGAAGAGAAGAAAGACUUACUGGACAAGAUGUUAAUAGAAAGACAUGAGAUGGAUCAAUUAAAAACAGAGUUACAGUUGGAGAAGGACAGUGUUGAAGAGGAAAAGAUGAUGUUGAAGGAGUUGAUGAAUGAAACUGAAAAUAAAAGAUCUCAACUGGACAGCAAGAUUGUGCAGAUGAACAUGGGCAAAUUAAAUAUUCAAGAAGAAAAAGACUUGCUGGAGGAGAUCAAGGCUGAUUUACAAAGAAAGUCUGAAAAGCUUACUGAGGAAAUCAGGAAAACAGACCAAAUCACCUCUCAUAUCAGUAAAGACCAAGAGGACAUGCCAAAGAGAUUUGAUGACAUGAGAAGAAAGGAAGAAGAGCCCAGUACUAUGCAAGAAGACGUCAAAGGGCAGACAAUGCUUCUACAAUCUGAUCCACUACUACUUCGGACACAAAAAGAGAACUUAGAAAAGAGCAAAGCAGAAAACGAGAAUCUAAGAGAAGAUUUUGAAAAACAAAAAGAAAAGAAUGACUUGACAAUGCAAGAACUGCACAAAGAGAGGCUGGCCUUGGAUCAGUUGAUCACUGACAUAAAACGGCAAAGAGACACAGUGGAAAACACACAAAAUGAAAUAAGACUUAAAGAACUAGAUCUGGAAAACAAAGAAAAAGAACUUGACAUGAAACAAAAAGAUAUAGAUAACCUAAGAAACACUGUGAUGGCUGAGAAAAUGCAGCUGGAAAAGAGGCAAAAAGUUGUGACUCAGCAGCAGCAAGAGGUUGAUGAUUUGAUUAAUGAAAACAGAAAAUAAGAAAUGACUUAGAGAACACGAAAGGUUG